AUGGCCGUUUUCUCCAAUCUGCUCGUGGCCAUCGGCGUGGUCUUCCUCUCCCACGCCGUCUACUCCGCGCACGAGCACUCGGCUCUGCACUCGACCGUAUCGCACACCUCGGCCCCGUCCGUCCCCUCGCUGCCCGCCGACAUCGUCGCCGAGACGCUGCUGUCGGUGCUGAUCGUGGCGACGGGCAUCGUGCUGUCGUCGGCGCCGCUCAAGCCCAUCCAGUGGAGCCGGUGGGCGGGCGAGGCGGAGCGCGAGGAGGCGCGCCGCCGCAUCGGCAAGGGCCGCAAGGUCGACAUCGCUCAGGGCGAGGUGCCUGGUGGCAACCCGUUUGCGUGGCUCACCGAGGAUAGAAUUGGGUUCUGGGAUGGGAGGGGUAAGAGAAAGGACUUUGCGGACUGGGUCCGGGAAGGUGGAAGGAGUUAA